AUGCUCGCAGUGGGGCUUGUACUACUCUCUGCUGAGGUAGAGGGGGUCUGCGUAGGUAUUGGUGUGCGUGUAGCUGAAGGUGUCUGUGUAGCCGAUGCUGUGAUUGAGGGUGUUGUUGUUUGUGAUGGUGUUUGUGUGGGCGCCAUAGUCAUUGAUGGCAUCGCAGUUGGUGAUGAUGUUGCACUUGCCGAUGGCGAGCUUGUAAGCGAAGGUGUUUGUGUAGGGGACGCUGUCAGCGACGGUGUUGUCGUAGGUGAAAGUUUUUGUGAAGCCGAUGGCGAGCUUGUACGCGAAGGUGUUUGUGUAGGGGACGCUGUCCGCGACGGUGUUAUCGAAGACGAAGGUGUUUGUGAAGCGGAUGGCGAAUGUGACGGUGAUGGCGUUGAUGUAGCUGUAGGCGAUGUCGAAAAUGAGGGGGUAGGAGAAGGGGAUGCAGUUUCCGAAACCGAUGGUGUCACGCUAUUGGUCGCACUGGGUGUGACCGAUGAUGAUGCAGUUGGGGUCAGUGAUAUUGUUGUGGACGGUGAGGGCGUUCUAGAUGGUGAAGUGGAAACGCGUAGAUCGACUGGAGCUCCUGUACAUGUGCAGUCGGGUGCAGUGUUCAUAGUCCACCCGAGAGGACAGCAACUCAAAACUCCAUUUAAAAACAUUGAGCUACCGCCCGACGCCGUGCAUGCAUCCCCAGUGGUACAUCCAACUACUGGUGCGCCGAAGAAUUGGCGUCGCAAAG